UUACGUGAGAUCAGAGGUCGAAGACAAGGCCCAAGUGGAUUCCACAGGGACAUGCGUCUGCAGACGCCCAGGUCGUCCACUGAAGUGACUCUGUUUUGGCAUCAGUGCUCUUGAAGAGAAGAGAAGAGAAGAGAAGAGAAGAGAAGGUGCUGCUCCCGCUUCUCCUCCUGAGUUUCUCUGACCCGGCGUUUCAGAUUUCUUGGAGAAGAUGGUGAUACCCUUCAACAAAGAAGAAAGCUCAUUGAGUGUCAAAGAAAUUGGAGAAAAGGAGGAGGGUUUGAGAACAAUGGAGUGCCUGAGGGGAAGACUCCUUGCAGAGAGACAGGCUUCCAGAUUUGCUGGAGAACAAGCUCAGCUCAUGGCCAACAGGUUGGUGGAACUAGAGAACCAGCUGAGAGAAGAGACCAAGUUGAGGGCGAAAACGGAGAAGAAGCUCAAGUUCCUAAAGAAGAAGCUCGAGACCCUGCUAAUCUCGCCCGCAUUGCACGAACCGGAGCAAUCCAGCGUCUGCGAAACCGGCAUCGUCUCCUCCGAUUCGUCUUCCACAGUCACAAUCGCCUCCGAAGCCCAAAUUACCGUAGAAGCAGAAGUAGAAUCCGAGUCUCGUUUUGAGAACAAAGACGCAUCACCCCACCAUCUGGAGCUUAAUGCUCCUGAAAAAGCUCUUGCCGGAGAUAAGCGUGAUUCCAACGCCGGAGAUUUAUCCUCUGAGAAAUCCGGCCCCGCAUACAACGAAUUCAAGACUGAUGGCCAUAGUUGUACAGGCGCGAGGAAUUCGGUGACAGAGAACGAGAACAGUUUUGAUCAUGAUGAGGAUGAUCAGGUGAAUGAUUCAUUAGCACUAGUUCCAGUCACUUUGCCCGAAGCAGAACCAGAGAGCAAAGCCCUGAACGCGAAGAUGAUGGUAAUGAGUGCGAGCGUCAGCGAAGUGCUCGAUGCGCUGAGGCAUGCCAGAGAAAGCAUCCAGAGAUCAAUGGAGAAGCGAAACUGCAUGAUUGGAGUCGGCCCACCUCCUCAAGCUGCCCAGCUCUGCUAAGGAUUUCAUGAUUGUUUGGAUGGUGAAAGACCCUCACUGACAGUGACAGCGACAGCCUCUGUUUUUCCUUUCCUUUUGGUGCUUUCUUGAGGUGGGAGGAAAUGUCAGUGAAGUGAUUUUCACUGCUUUUUAGACGAUGCGUGUGGGAGAAUGGGGACAUGUAGGCAGGAGCAGUGAUGAUCCAUGCUGUGGUUUUUCCAGAUGUUCUCAGUGACAGUCUCUGUUUUCUU